AUGCUGAAUCAACCAGAAAUACAUUACGCUUCAUCAUCAAAUGCGCCUGUACUGGUCACGACCAUUGAGAAUCCACAGCAACAAUCUUCAUCGCAAGUACAAAAUCAAUCUGAACAACAUUCCUUACCACAUCAUCAUCACCACCACCACCAUCAUCAUGUACAUCCACACCACCGUCAUCACCACCAUCAUAUAGUUGACAAUCCAAACCAUCAUCACCAUCAUCAUCUUGAACAUAAUAACAACUCGCCGAGUCAAGCCCCUACCAGUAAUGAACAACAGCAGUUGCAGCAAGUAAAUAUACAGAGGAAUGCUUCUGGUGAGAAGUACAAACUCAGCACCACGGAAUUUCCGGCUCCACUGAACAAGCGAAAUAAACCACAACUAAACACUGAACCAAUUAAAUCAAUAAUUGAAGAGUUUUUCCCCAAUAGACGCUUCAUUGGUACAAUUAUUUACAAUCCUACCACGACGUGGGAAACGCUUCAAACUCGCACACUAUAUGGACUAAAGCCAUCACUUAUUUCAAGAUUUGAUGAGAUCAAAAAGGCUUAUAAACAACAAACUAAGUUCAAUAAUCUACCUACGCGAUAUAUUCCAGUUAUACCACCCUUACCACAAGAAUACAUUAAUAGUGUGAUUGAAAUCAAAAUACCAUUCAGAUAUAUUGUCGAGUUUAAACAAGAUUUGAGCAAUGGAAUUGUUAGUAGAGAACUAUGGGGUGGAGCAAGUGGUGUUUAUACCGAUGAUUCUGAUAUUUUGCAAGUUUUAUUACAUAUCGGAUUUUUCAAUGAUUCUAUUGAUUUAAGUGUUUGGAAUAAGAAAUGGACAAUGGAUGAUAUUUUGAGACCCAUCAACGCGUUAAAUCAGGCUUCAAAGGAUUCAUCAAUGGGGGUAAACAAGAACGAUUUAGUAAUUAAUGAAACUGAACCACAGAAACAAACGAAUGAUAGUAACUCAAAUGACGCCAAUACUAUUCCUCAGUCGGUUGAUAAAGAUAUAUUUGGUGAUUUAUCAGUUCAAGUUCUUCUUCUUCCUUCACUACCAUCAUAUCAUGGCUUUUUCGCCAAUGGAAUAAACUCUCGGUCAUGGAACUUAGCUCAAUCAACAAACAAUCAACAUUCAGGAUUGAGUUAUGUUGUAUAUAACAUCAAAUGGGAAGAAAGGGGUUCAUAUCUACAAGACAAAGCUCUUAUGCGAGCAGUUGAAUUGGAAAAUGAAGUAGAUUAUGAAUUGAAUCAUGAGUUGAUGAGAGAAAAAGGCGGAUGGAAUUUCGAUUACGAUACGUAUACUAGGAUAAAAGGGGUUAUGAAAGGAUGA